CUGCUCAAUACCUAACGAAGGAGCUUAGCAGCUUUCUUUUAGUAUGGCCCGGAGUGCCUUGCUGUUGAUAUGGUGCCUUCAAUCCGCGUUCGCAGAUUGGGGCGAUACCAUCAACAGGGCUGGAUUGCAGCGAACCCUCUCCCAGACGAUGACCAAGGAGUUCCUGCUGGUGGCUCGAGGGGACGAGGUGCCCAAGAACAAGGCGAAGUUGGUGCAGGGCAUCGAGUCCUUCAACUUCACCUUGAACGCGUUGCUGGGCGGUGGAGACGUGGGUCAAGGAAUUCUGGGCUCGCCCACCGAGAAGGUGACACUUCUUUUGCAGGAGGUGGUGGUGCUGUGGAAGCCAUUCGCAGAGCUUCUCAUCACCAACAUGGACUCGGUGCGCCGCGGCGACGGCUCCGUGGACACCGCGGUGCUGGGGUCGCUGUCCACGCGGAAUGGGCCGCUGCUCGACGCCUCCAACGCGGUGGUCUCCGCCUUGGUGGACGCCGCCAAGGUGUCUGGUGCCGAGACCAAUGGACUGGUGCAGGACAUUGCGGGCCGGCAGCGGACCUUCAUUCAGAGCCGCGGCAAGUUUCAGCGUCACAUUGCUGAGGACCCCCCCAGUACGUGGAAGAGCAGUCCCGCGGGUAAGAGGUGGCGCCUACUCCAAAUGGGCAGGUUAACAUGUCUGCUUUUGCAGAUGAAGCAGAGCAUGUGCAAGGACGCGCUCUUCGUUGCCCUUGGCAUUUCGCCUACCUUCCACAUGGAAAGCCUGAUCCAGACAAACCACUACUUCGAGGAUUCUCACAAGGGCAUCAUUGAAGGUGUGCCCUUUGUGGGCCUUCCAGCUCUCAAGGAGCUGUGCACCAUGCACCAGAUGAGCCUGGUGACGUAUUACUACCACCAGCUGCGCCCGCUGCUCAGCGGCAUCCUUACACAGGAGACCGCCUAUUCGGCGCAACGGGUGGCAAAGGACGCCAUCAACGACAUCGUGACCUUGACAGACCCUUUGUUCGAGGCGAUGGUGGAGGCAGUGCGGCUCUACGGGCAUCCAGGCACCUGCAACCCCAUGGCCAACAUGACCCACACCGACUGGCACAAUUUCUUCCUCAGCUUGGAGAAGCAGCGGCUUUGGACUCAGGAGGCAUCUCAGCACUUCGCACAGCUGGCGCUAAAGGUGGACGUCAAGACCCUGCAGGUGGAGAUCACCGUCUUCCUGGCGGAGGCCUCCGAGAACCUGCGGAACCUCGUGGAGGGCAGCCGCGCCGAGGGCGUCGUGCCGCCCCCCUCCGCCCAGGUGCUGGACGCCCUGCUGGGCGCCUGGGGCGUGUGGGGUGACCUCGAGACGGAGCUGUCUGCGGCGGUGCAUCAUCUGGCGCUCAGCGAUGUGGUGGUGGGCCGGGUGGUGCAGCUUAGCAACAAGGUCAUGGAGUUUCUGGUGUCCGCCAUCGAAGAGAGCAUCCGCCUGGCGGCCAACUCCACUUUCCCCACCUACAGCUUCGAUCUCGCGGGCCAGCAGCCCACCCUCAGCGCCCGGGCGAUUCAGUCCGCCUGUUUGGUGAUGCUUGGGUACGACACCCAGGAGAAUUGGAAUCAGCUGAACACCUCGCGGCAGCUGUGGAGGGAUCACCACUGGACGCUCUUGCAGGGUGCUCCGGCAACAGCGACGACCCCCGCGGUGAACGGGGUCACUGACGUGUGCAUUGUGCAGAAGAUGAAGCAUGCGGCGGAUGUGUAUCACCACCUGGAACAGAGAGCCCUCGCAGUGGCUCUGCACGGUCAGGUCGUGGAUUUGCAGGAGCUGAACGCAUGGGGCCACGAGGCUACGGAGCAGGUGGAGGCGGCGAAUCUGCAGGUGUUUGCAGAGAACGUCUCCUGCAACACCACCGUCCUGCCGGAAGAAUGGCAACUCAUCCAUGCCGAAGUGUCAGCCUUGGCUCACCUGAGCCAGAAGGUGAGCACGGAGUACAUCUUGGUGCGGCAGGGCAAAAGCCCCAACAACGAGAUGCUCACCUCGCUGUUGGUCGAGCUCGAGGAGACUCUGAAGAGGGUCACCUUCGGCUCCUCAAGUCCUCCGAGACCAGCGCCACCCACCCAGGAUUACUUUAACCACCUCCUCCUGCGCCUCACCCCGGCCGUGGAUAGCUUGAAGCUCUCCGCCGAAGGCUCUGCGGCAAGCCUCGUGCUCACCGCGGCUGACCGAGUGCUGGAGGCUGCGAGUACUAUCCAGGCACAGUACCUGGAAGAGGCUUUGGCCGCUGAUCCCAGCUGGCCGGGCAGGCGGCUGGAUGUGGCCCUGAACCAACUCAGCGGUGCCCAGCAGGUUUUCAAGGAGGCGUUGCUCUUCGUCUUUGACCUGAACUCGGACAAGACGAACUUCCUUAGCGCCGUGGAAGGCUUCGAGUCAGCCCUGCUGCGCCUCAAGGAUGGCGGGGGUGGCCUUGAGCCCAUCAUGUUGCCAGAGCGCAGCGACCUCAAGGCUCAAUGGGACCGCAUCCACGCAGAUUGGACGGCCCUCAAGGCGUACCAGGACACCAUGUCUUCGGAGGAUGCCUCGCGCAUGGAGGCGGCGCUGCUCCGACUGGUGGCUCAGAUCCGGGCGGCCUUGCCCAUGUACGCCCAGCGGGAUGUGAAGGCCCCACAGAGCUUCCCCUGGCCGAGGAUCAUCUACUCCAUCAUAGGGGCUUGUUUGACCUGCUGCUGCUGCACCAUGGUACUCUAUCCCUGGCUGAAGUCCUACCGGAAGCGCACGAAGUUGGAAGCCCAGGCAGCUGUACCUCAGGCAGAUGACGUCUAGCUGUCCGUGCGGAAACGUAUGCGGAUGGACACGGGGGACCUGGGACCCGUCUUUCCAACCGAGCUGUUUUUGGACCAUUGGACUUCCCCCAGCCGUGAACCAAAACGAAUGGGUCCCCUGGACAUGGCUGGGCCGGCGAGUUUUCAAAAGACGACCAGAGCCCAGGCUCACGUCCGAAUGUAUUUUCUCUGGUCUGUCCGUCGGACGGAUGUUCUGCAAUCCAUUUGCGCAGCGCAAAAGCCUUAUUGAUGAU